CUCUUACCACAUUACUGAGUUUUUCAAGUUCUUCUAAAAUCCCAUGAAUUAACAGAGCUGGCAGAUACUACUGCUUUUUACUGAAUUUUUUCCCAAUUAGAUCAUGUGGAGUACUAGAGCUGCAGAUACUACUACAUUACUGAGUUUUUCCAGUUUUUCUAAAAUCCCAUGAAUUAACAGAGUUGGUUCUUGCAGAAAGCUAGAGCUGCAGAUACUACUGCUUUUUACUGAAAAAAUUUCUAGUUAUUUUAAGAUCACAUGACUGAGUUUUUCUAGUUCUUUGAAAAUCCCAUGAAUUUAUAGAGUUGGUUCUUGCAGGAUGCUAGAGCUGCAGAUACUACUGCUUUUUACUGAAAAUUUUCCUGUUAUUUUGAGAUCACAUGAAUUAACAGAGUUGGGUCAUGUAGAAUGCUAGAGCUUUUUACUGAAACUUUAUUCCAGUUCUUUUAAGAAUCCACGAAUUAACAGAAUUAAGUCGAGCAAUGUAGAAUGCUGGAGCUUUUUAGUUAAAUUUUUUUCCAGUUCUUUUAAGAAUCUCUGACUUCAAAGAAUCAGGUCAAGCAGAAUGCUAGAGUUGCACAUACCAUUGCAUUACUGAAAUAUUUUCCAGUUCUUUUAAAUACUCAUUAAUUAACAGAGUUGGGUCAUGCAGAAUGCUAGAGCAGCAGAUAUUACUGGUUUUUUACUGAAACUUUGUCUAGUUCUUUUAAGAUCCCAUGAAUUGACAUUGUUGGGUCAUGCAGAUUGCUAGAGCCGCAAAUGCUACUGCAUUACUGAAAAUAUUUCAAGUUCUUUUGAGAUCCCAUGAAUUAACUUAGUUAGAUCAUGCAGAAUGCAAUAGCUUACUGAAAAAAAUUCAACUUCUUUAAAGAUCGCAUGGACUAACAGACUUGGGUCAUGCAGAAUACUAGAGCUGCAGAUACUACUGCAUUACUGAGAAAUUUUCCAUUUCUUUUAAGAUCUCAUACAUUAACACAGUUGGGUCAUGCUGCAGAUAGUACUGCAUUACUAGAAAAAUUUCCCAUUUCUUUUAAGAUCUCAUACUUUUAACACAAUGGGGUCAUGCUACAGAUACUACUGCAUUACUUGAAAAUUUUCCAUGUCUUUAAAGAUUAGAUCCUUAAUUGUAAUAUUUAGCAAGUUACCAGUAUGUUUACUAUUGUAUUUCUUUUAUGAUGUAUGCAGAAGCAACUGAUGGACCCUGGGAUCAAAGGUACCCUGAACGUACUGGAAGCAGCCCACAAAGCUAAAGUAAAGCGGCUGGUGCUGACCUCCUCAGUAUCUGCUUUUGUUCCCAACCCAAAGUGGCCUGCUGACACUCCCUUGGACGAGACAUCCUGGACUGAUAUAGACUACUGCAAACAAAAUGGGAUUUGGUAUCCUGUAGCAAAAACACUGGUUGAAAAGGUAGCUUGGGAAUUUAGCAAAGAGAAAGGAUUGGAUGUAGUUGCCAUCAACCCAAGGACUACUUUGGGUCCCAUUCUCUCUCCUGAUUUCAAUGCCAGCUUGGCCAUGAUCGUCCGCCUAGUCAAUGCAGUCUAUUUUCACAAAGCCUAAUUGCAAUCCUAAAAGGCAAGUGCAUUUAAUUUGUGUUUUCAAUGUUAUACUUAGUUGUGAUAUUAACUUCAAUCUGGUUAAUCAUGGGUUUCUAAGUCAAUCUCAGAUUCUUCUUUUCAUAUAUGUUUACGUUAUCUGCUUUCUGAUAACAGUUUAAUUUCUUAUCUUCAAUCUUCUUUAUGUUGUUGCAAUCAGCCAGUGGGGUGGAGGCAAAAGCAACAUUGGAAAUUACAACACAGUGCAGGAGGCAACAAUAAAUUUUGUGCCUGACAAUAGUAUACAAUAUCGCGUGUACGGUUUUCUGUAAUUGGUUUUGUUGUUGCUGCCCUGGUGAUAUUUUGGGGAAGAGCUAUCCAAUUGCCUUCAGUUCCAUUUUCCUCUAUAUAGGUCCUCCUGAAGGUUUGACUCUACACGUUCAUAUUAUACAUUUUUGAUAGAAUCAAUAAGUAUUAAGAAUAACAUGACAGCAGGCAAGCACCUUGCAGAGCAUUGCACAACAUUAUGAUUGUGAGCAGAAGGGGGUGUAAUUGCAUGAACAUUAUGAUUGUGAGCAGAAGGGGGUGUAAUUGCAUGUGACAUUCCUGAAGGUUUGACUCUACACAUUCAUAUUCUACAUUUUUGAUAGAAUCAAUAAGUAUUAAGAAUAACAUGACAACUAUUAAGAAUAACAUGACAACUGUAUGUAGGCAUUACACUUAUAUCUUAUAUCUUUUCAUUUAACACCAGAAAUUGUUAGAUUUAUAAGCUGAACCAAUCUAUUGAAAGAAAAUAUCCUCUUAACGCAGGGAUUUAGCAAGUUAAUUUUACAUAGCAUGUUGUAGAUGGAUGUUCUUCUGAAUUUCCAUUCAUUUCUCCCCCUUUCUGUGGACAAAAAUAAAAUGACUUAUAGGGUUUUUUCUAUUUCUUUUAAGCUCAUUGAGAAGGCCUGAAGAAUUCUAU